GGCGUUCCAUCUCGACUUCGACCGUCAACAUCUUCCUUAGCUUUACAGCGAACCCAGGCUUUUUCUGAAAAGGAAAUAGCUAUAGCUUGCCUUCUGUAACCCGCAUUUGGUCAUUACUCUCCGAAAUGGAUCCAUAUUCUCGAACACAAUCUCCAUCACAUUUACCUGCCGCGUCCUCCAUGCAUCACCGACCCUAUUUUACACCAAAAGAAAUAGAGUUACUCUCUGAAAAGCAGCGCGGAAAAAUGAAUGCCACGCAGGAGGAAAAGAUUCGCCAGAGCGCUUGUGCGUUCCUGGAGGCAGUUGGGUCGCGCAUAGGAUUUCCACGGAAGACUACAGCUACGGCCCAAAGCCUUUAUCAUCGUUUUCACUUAUUUUUUCCCAGGAAAGAUUUCAACUACUUCGAUGUCGCAUUGGCUGCCCUGUAUGUCUCUUCAAAGAUGCACGAUACGUUGAAGAAGCCUCGUGAACUUUUGGCAGUAUCAUAUGGUGUGCGCUAUCCUGACUUGGCUGCAAAGUCGAAACACCCUGCAGGAGAUGUUGACCUUGAUACAAUGGACCCAGCAAUAGUGGAGCACGACCGUCAGAGGCUGCUGGCCAUCGAACGGCUGAUAUUGGAAACUAUCUGCUUUAAUUUUACUUCUCGAAUGCCGUUUCCAUAUGUGAUCAAAAUUGGACGCGAACUUGGUGCUGAUAAGAAAGUCACAAAAUUGGCAUGGCGGCUAGCGAUUGAUAGUCAUAGAACCUUGAUACCAAUACAAUAUCCGCCUCAUACAGUCGCUUUAGGCAGUAUAUAUGUCGCUUCUCUACUAUCCUCAUUCGAACACGACACAGCAGGUCCAGAAGCGCGUAUUGGCCUCAGAAUCGCAGGGAUUCUGGGGCAGCAUGGUCCAUGGGAAGCGAAAUUUCAAUCUCAUGUCGAGGAUCUGGAAGCCAUCGCCCAUACCAUAGUCGACCUUCUUACCCAAGGUGCACAAACCCCUUCAGCAAACACUUCACCACGAACGCCAUCCUCACCUUCUCCGCAUCCUUCUCCUCGGGAUCGAUAUUCAUCUUCUGGAUUCCUCCAGCCCAUGCCACCACCUGUCCCAUUCAAGAGUGACCAGCUGAUUCGAUUGAAGAUUGCAAUGAGGCAGAAGGACCAUUCACCUCUUCCUAGACGCUCGUAUCAGGAUACUGAGACGGAGAACGCGUUAGGUCGGAAUGAAGGAACUGUCAGGUUCUUGUUUGAAUCUCCGGGUUUUCAGGGACGGUCAUGA